GAAAUUUGAUUCCUUAUGAAAUAUUUUAUACUUGGUUAGCUGUUUCGAAGUAAUCUAGUAAUCCUUGAACUUAACUACUUCGUAUUAGGAUUUCUACAUAUUCUGUUCAUUUAUUAAAAAAGAAUCUGAUCAUUUUUAUAUUGACACGGUUUUUGCUUGGUGUAAAUUGGAAUUUUUUUUAUUUGGAUAAGAUGUAAUCUGCAUUUAGUAGCAAAUGGUUGUCUGGAUUGUAAUCCCAUUUCUUUUAGUACAACAAAAAGUUAGGUAUAUGUUUUAUGAAAAAAUGAAUUGUGUUUCUCUUCAAACUAUAAAAUAGGCUCUGGAGAUUGAACUUUUCAUCAUUGAAUUUCCUUUUUGUAAUCUUCUCAAAGACCUUCAUGCAUCCUUUUGAGCAUAUCUAUACGAGACACUUCUGAGGCAUGGGGACUAUUGGUGAUGCUGCAAACAAUGAAGUAAAUGGGAGCUCGAUCCCAGAUAAGAAGCCCACUGUAGUUUUUGUUCUAGGUGGCCCUGGCAGUGGUAAAGGCACACAAUGUGCAAAUAUUGUUCAACAUUUUGGUUAUACUCACCUUAGUGCUGGUGAUCUUCUCCGAGCAGAGCAAAAUUCCGGUUCUGAAAAUGGGGAAAUGAUUAAGAACAUGAUCGAGGAUGGGCAAAUUGUACCCUCAGAGGUAACAGUCAAACUUCUCCUGCGGGCAAUGGCGGAAAGUGGAAAUGACAAAUUUCUUAUUGAUGGCUUUCCUCGUAAUGAGGAGAAUCGUGCAGCAUUUGAAUCUGUUACUGGAAUUGAGCCUGAAUUUGUACUUUUCUUCGAUUGCCCGGAGGAGGAAAUGGAGAAGCGUGUGCUGAAUAGAAACCAGGGUAGAGCUGAUGAUAACAUUGAGUCAAUAAGGAAGAGAUUUAAGGUGUAUACACAAUCUAGCCUUCCAGUGAUUGAAUACUACGAUUCCAAAGGCAAGGUUCGAAAGAUUGAUGCUUCCAAACCAGUUGAAGAAGUUUUUGAGGCAGUCAAAGAAGUCUUCGCCUCACUGGAUGAUAAGGUAAAACACCACCGUGAUGUUUUUGGGAGAUGUAUGAGGAGAAAGAAAUUUAGAAAUGGUGCAACAAAAUGCAGUUGGAUGCGAUGCUUAUUGCCUUCGUGACCUUAGGCUAGCUAGCGUAUUUUGUGUAGCAGAAUAAUAUGUAUAUAUCUGAUCGAGCUUUUGUUUUGUGUUACUUAUCUAUGUAACAAAAGAGAACAAAAGUCAAGUCUUUAAUGUAUCAGUCUAGGGUUAUUUCACACCACAUGACCAGUGUAGACAUAUGCAAAUAUUUUCCAUCCUUUCAAUGUAAUAUUCUAUAUGGCAA